AUGGCACAGCAACAAAGUCUGGCGAAAGACCUCUUUGAGGAUAUGGGUCGCAAGGUCGCGGAGGCGAGCGCCCAGAAUGACGACGAUGACACCAAAGUUGUGGACGAGAUUGAGAGCAUGUGCAUGAACUGUCACGAAGACGGCACAACCCGGCUCCUCCUCACCAGAAUACCAUUUUUCCGCGAAAUUGUGCUAAUGUCCUUUUCAUGCCCACAUUGCCACUUCAAGAACUCGGAAGUUCAACCCGCAGGCGAGAUACAGCAACGAGGCAUCAAGUUUUCGCUCAAGGUCGAAACAGCGGACGACCUGAGUCGGCAGAUAAUCAAGAGUGAUACUGCAGUCUUUCGAGUCGAGGACAUUGAUCUGGAAAUACCACAAGGACGGGGGCAGUUGACCAAUGUGGAAGGUAUUCUCGCAAUGGUUGCGCAAGAUCUCGAGCAAAAGCAGGAUGAGAGGAAGGAGGUUGUACCAGAAGUCUACGAGCAACUACAGGGAGUCAUCAACACGAUCAAGCAGAUGGCAAGCGGCCAGAAGUUGCCGUUCAAGGUUACAAUUGAUGACCCUGCGGGUAACUCUUCAAUCGAGCCUCCGAGCGUACUAGGUGCGGGCAAAUACUCGCGACAGGAGUACCCACGAACUGCGGCGCAGAACGAAGCGCUUGGUCUAGGUGAUACCAGUGGCGAGGCGCCAGCUACAGAGAUUCGUCCAGAGUACCAUGCUUCACAGAUGUAUCCUGAGAUGCCUUCGGCCACCGCUCCCAUGGUCAACAAUGUAGACGAGGAUGAUAUUGUGGAGAACCAAGUUUACUCGUUCCCUGCCAGCUGCCCAGGAUGUGCCAAGUCGUGCACGACAAACAUGAAGAUGGUCAACAUCCCUCACUUCAAGCAAGUAGUGUUGAUGAGCACGGUGUGCGAUCACUGCGGAUAUCGGAGCAAUGAAGUCAAGACGGGAGGUGAAGUCCCCGAGAAAGGUCGACGGAUCACUGUUACCGUGGAUACCAAGGAGGAUCUUUCGCGAGAUAUUCUCAAGGCUGAGUCAUGCUCCAUGUCUUGUCUUGAGCUAAACCUGAGCGUCGAGCCCGGUACACUGGGUGGUCGUUUCACAACCAUCGAAGGUCUUCUUACACAAGUACGCGAUGACCUAAAGUCAUCCAUCUUUGAUACUGGCGAUGGUGGUGACUCCAUGGAUUCGGAGUCAAAGCAGAAGUGGAAGACCUUCUUCCAGAACCUCACGGCGGCUAUUAAUGGCGAGGACAAGUUCACCAUUGUCCUGGAAGAUCCCCUUGCCAGCAGCUACGUUCAGAGUUUCACGGCACCAGAGCCGGAUCCGAAGAUCAAGGUUGAGGACUACGAGCGGACCGAGGCCGAGGAGGAGGAACUGGGGUUGAAGGAUAUGAAGACGGAGGGUUACGAGGAGGAGCAUGCGGCGACAAACGGUACGACUACCAAUGUUGCGUAG